AUUUGUUCAGUCAUCAACAGCAUUCGUGACUGGCAACGUCGUUUCGUUCGUCCGUCGCCGAAAGAAUUCGAGAAUUUCAGAAGAUUUUUGGAUUCUACUGCCCCACAGGCAGAGCUGCUUUCUUCUUCGCCGCGGCGCGGGUGUGUGUGCGUGUUUGCCCCUCCCCUCUCUCUUCUCUCUCUCUGUGUGUGUGCAGAAGAAUCCCCAAAAAAAAAAAAAAUUAAUUAAAUAAAUCAAGAAAGAAUCUCGCCUGCAAAGAAGAAGAAGAAGAUACCAAGAAAGAUCAUAAACAAAACACAAAAAGGACUAAACACGAACGAACGCAACAAUAAACUGUUUUUAUUUUUUUCAAGUGUAUUUUUGUUCGCUAAAAACAUGUGCGCGUGUAUGAGUGUCAAGUGUAAACAACAACGACAGCAAACAUGUGCAAAAUAAGCCAAAGCCAAGAAGCAAUAACAGCAUUAUAAUGGCUUAAAAAUCACACACACAACAACAACAACAACCAACAACCAAACAACAAACCCUCACCAUUCAACAACUGCAACAAUCCCCCCACACAACAGCAACCAAAACAACAACGACAACCUAAAAAUUAAACAACAAAUUAUGUUUCGGAACUAAAGUGAAUGAAAGCAAAAACAUAACCAUAACAUAAUAAAAUUAAUAAUAAUAAUAAUAAUAAAAAUAACACAUAGAUUGGCUUAUUUAUGCAUUUUUUUGGGCACGUAACAAAAACAUAAUAAUUAAGGUGUAAAUGUGAUGACUAAAAUCAAUGUAACAACCAACUAACAAACAAACAAACAAACAAAGAAAUCGAGACGGCAAAAGCAAAACAAAAGGAGAACAUAUAAUGCCAGUCCUUAGCCCCAAAUUUGGUAGACUCGAAAACUGAGUAAAAAUUAAAACUGAGAAUCAUUGAACUAACCCAAGAAAGCCCACGAAUGCAGCCAACAUUGCCACAAGCCGCUGGGACAGCCGAUAUGGAUCUGACGGCUGUUCAAUCAAUCAACGAUUGGUUUUUCAAAAAGGAGCAAAUUUAUUUAUUGGCACAAUUUUGGCAACAGCGCGCUACUUUGGCCGAGAAGGAAGUGAACACACUCAAGGAGCAGCUAUCGACCGGCAAUCCCGAGAGCAACCUUAGCAGCGACAACAACGACACAACAGCAGCAGCAGCAGUUGUUGCAGGAGCAACAGCAACCAACGACAGUGAGGAGGAUCAGCAGCAGCAGCAGCAGCAACAAGCAACCAGAGGCGGUGGCAUUUUGGAGAGCGACAGCGACAAGCUGCUGAACAACUCCAUUGUUGCAGCGGCCAUAACGCUGCAGCAGCAGAACGGCAGCAAUCUGCUGGCGAACACAAACACGCCGUCGCCAUCGCCGCCGUUGCUCAGCGCCGAGCAGCAGCAGCAGUUGCAGAGCAGUUUGCAACAGAGCGACGGUGUCGGUGUCGGUGUCGGUGGCGGCGCCUGCCUCAAUCCGAAGCUCUUCUUCAAUCACGCCCAACAGAUGAUGAUGAUGGAGGCGGCAGCUGCGGCAGCAGCGGCGGCACUGCAACAGCAACAGCAAUCCCCGUUGCACUCGCCGGCGAACGAUGUUGCAGCAGCAAUCAGCACAGCGGCAGCGGCAGCAGCAGCAGCAGCGGCAGCAGACCAGCAGCAGUCGACGGCAUCGACGGUACAAGCAGCAGCAAUACCCGCUGCCACGAGCAACAUCAAGGGCAGCAAUUGCAGCAGCAACAUCAAUCACACCACCAGCGGCAACAACAACAACAACAAUAGUCACCAGGGCGAAGAGGAAGACGAAGAGCUGGACGAGGAGGAGGAGGACGAGGAAGAGGAGGAGGACGAGGACGAUGAGGAGGAGAACGCCUCGAUGCAAUCGAACGCUGAUGAUAUGGAGCUGGAUGCACCGCAAGAAACCAGAACUGAGUCGAGUGCAGCAGUCACACAACAGCAGCCACAGCAAGAGCAGGAGCAGCAGCAGGAUACAGAGGAUCUUGAGGAUCCAAAGGAUGCGGGGGAUGCUAGUUUAAAUGUUAGCAAUAAUCACACAACCGAUAGCAAUAAUAGUUGUAGUCGAAAUAACACCAACAACAGCGGCAACGAGAGCGAGCAACAUGCGACCCAUUCAACGGAGGACGAUGAUUGCGCCAACAACAAUACAAACACCAGCAAUAACAACAACACCAGCAACACAGCCACCGGCAACACCAACAAUAAUAACAACAACAAUAACAACAACAACAAUAACAACAGCAACAGCGGCAACAGCGAGAAGCGCAAGAAGAAGAACAAUAACAACAACAACGGACAGUCUGCUGUUUUAUUAGCUGCCAAAGAUGAAGAGAUUAAGACACUUCUGGACGAACUGCAGCGCUUGAGGGCGCUGGAGCAGACGCACCUGGUGCAAAUCCAGCGACUGGAGGAGCACUUGGAGGUCAAGCGGCAACACAUUAUGCGGCUGGAGGCACGCCUCGAUAAGCAGCAGAUAAACGAGGCGCUGGCCGAGGCGACCGCCUUGGCGGCGGCAGCUGCCACCAACAACAACAAUAGCCAGAGCAGCGACAACAACAACAAGAGCAGCAAGCAGAGCAUAUCCACCGCCUCGCUGGAGGCCUCAUCAUCCAUCGGCGAUCUGAAGGAGGUCGCCAAGGCUCCAGUUCUUCCCGCCGAGGAUGACGACGACGAUGAUGACAACCAGGCCAUGCUGGUGGACUCCGAGGAGCAGGACGAGAAGCCGGAUGUGCCACAACACAACGAGGACGACGACGACGACGACGAGGAGGAGGAGGCUGAGGAUCGGGAGGCGGUCAAUGCCACCACAACCGAUAGCAACGAGCUCAAAAUCAAAAAGGAACAGCACAGUCCGCUGGAUCUGAAUGUGCUUAGUCCAAAGUCGGCUAUCGCAGCUGCUGCCGCGGCCGCCGCUGCCGCUGCCUGCGCCAACGACCCCAAUAAAUUCCAGGCGCUGCUCAUCGAGCGCACCAAAGCUCUGGCCGCCGAGGCGCUCAAGAAUGGCGCCAGCGAUGCCCUCAGCGAAGAAAUCAACCGAAUAGAAGAAGCACAAGCAGAAGCUGAAGAAGAAGAAGCAUCACUUAAAACAACAACAGCAACAACAAAUCUGAGUGAAGAAACGCUGGCAAACGAAGCGCUGGAAACGGAAAUGGAAGAAGCGAAAGGCGGCAAUAAAAUGGUGCCCAAACAGGAAGUCGAUGAUGUGGACGAUGAAGAAGAAGAAGAAGAGGUCGUCCUGCCGGAGCAACUGGUCAACGAUUAUUGGCGACGAGGCUUCGAGGCUUCGGGAAGCAAUAAUCCCAACACUGCAUUGCCGCCAGAGAGCAAAACGCCAACAAUUUAUCAAAAUCUUAGGGCCGAGCAGCAGCCAACACAACUGUUGUUGCCGCCGCCACCACCUCCACCACCCCUGCAACAACAACAACAUCUCCUCCAACAACAACAACAGCAACAUAUAAACUUUCCACAGCAACAUCAACAGCAACAACAACAACAGCAACCACAACAGCUAAAUCAACAGCAGCAACAUGGACCUUCGUCCACAGCGCUGCUUAGUCAACUGGUUAACUCAACAUUUUCCAACUCUUCCACCUCUUCCCGCCUAGAUGCCCACCACCACCAGCACCACCACCUCCACCAGCAGCAGCAGCAUCAACAGCAGCAGCAGCACCACCAGCAGCAGCAACACCACCAGCAGCAGCAGCAACACCUCCACCAGCAACACCACCAUCACCUGCAGCAGCAGCAGCAAAACAGCGGCAGCAGCAACAACAACAACAGCAACAAUUCGGCAACCAGCAGCGAUAGUUUAAACCACCAUCAUGGACAUCACCUGCACGGCGGGCACGGCGGUUUGCUGCAUCCAUCGGCGGCGCACCACCUGCACCACCAGCAGCAGGCGACCGAGUCAAGUUCGAAUUCAAGUACACCGACGGCCGCCGCCGGCAACAAUACUUGUGGCAGCAACAACAGCGGCGGCGGCAGCAACAACAACACCACCGCCAGCAGCACCACCGCUCAACUGGCCGCCAGUUUGGCGAGCACCCUCAACGGCAGCAAGUCGCUGCUGCAGGAGGACAGCAACGGACUGGCGGCCGCUGCAAUGGCGGCCCAUGCCCAACAUGCGGCUGCCCUGGGACCGGGAUUCCUGCCCGGUCUGCCGGCCUUUCAGUUCGCCGCUGCCCAGGUGGCCGCCGGCGGCGAUGGACGUGGUCACUAUCGCUUCGCCGACUCGGAACUGCAACUGCCGCCGGGCGCAUCGAUGGCCGGCAGACUCGGCGAGUCGCUGAUACCCAAGGGGGAUCCCAUGGAGGCCAAGCUGCAGGAGAUGCUGCGCUACAACAUGGACAAGUACGCCAACCAGGCCCUGGACACCCUGCACAUUUCGCGGCGCGUGAGGGAGCUCCUUUCAGUGCACAACAUCGGCCAGCGGCUGUUCGCCAAGUACAUCCUGGGCCUCUCGCAGGGCACCGUUUCCGAGCUGCUGAGCAAACCGAAGCCCUGGGACAAGCUGACGGAGAAGGGACGCGACAGCUACCGCAAAAUGCACGCCUGGGCCUGCGAUGAUAAUGCCGUCAUGCUGCUCAAAUCGCUGAUACCCAAGAAAGACUCUGGACUGCCGCAGUAUGCGGGUCGCGGAGCCGGCGGCGCUGGCGGCGAUGACUCAAUGUCCGAGGACCGGAUUGCCCACAUCCUCAGCGAGGCCUCCUCGCUGAUGAAGCAGAGCAGCGUGGCCGCCCAGCAUCGGGAGCAGGAGCGUCGCAGUCACGGCGGCGGCGGAGGCGAGGAUUCGCACAGCAACGAGGACAGCAAGUCGCCGCCGCAGAGCUGCACUUCCCCCUUCUUCAAGGUGGAGCAGCAGCACAAGCACAACCAGCACCUCAGUCCCGAGCAGGCGGCCGCGGCUGCGCAGCAGCGGGAAAGGGAGCGCGAGCAGCGGGAGCGGGAGCAGCAGCAGCGGCAGCGGCACGAGGAUCUCGCCCAGGACAAAAUGGCCAGGCUCUACCAGGAGCUCAUAGCGCGCACUCCGCGUGAAACAGCUUUUCCAAGCUUCCUCUUCUCACCCUCGCUUUUCGGAGGAGCCGCUGGGAUGCCGGGAGCAGCCAGCAACGCCUUCCCCGCCAUGGCGGACGAGAACAUGCGGCAUGUGUUCGAGCGCGAGAUCGCCAAGCUGCAGCAGCACCAGCAGCAGGCCGCGCAGGCCCAGUUCCCCAACUUCUCCAGCCUGAUGGCUCUGCAGCAGCAGGUGCUGAACGGCGCCCAGGAUCUCACGCUGGCCGCCGCCGCAGCCAAGGACAUCAAGCUCAAUGGCCAGCGGUCCUCGCUGGAGCACAGCGCCGGCAGCAGCAGCUGUUCGAAGGACGGCGAGCGGGACGAUGCGUAUCCGGGUUCCCUGCACGGUCGCAAGUCGGAGGGCGGCGGCACACCCGCACCACCGGCACCACCGUCUGGCGGCGUUGCCCCACCCACAGGCGGAGCCUCGUCCACCGGUGGUGGUGGUGGUGGAGCCAGCACCAAUUCGGCGGCACCCAGUCCGUUGAGCAACUCCAUCUUGCCACCGGCAUUGAGCAGCCAAGGUGAGGAGUUUGCGGCCACAGCGAGUCCGCUGCAGCGAAUGGCCUCCAUUACCAACUCGCUGAUCACCCAGCCACCGGUGACACCGCACCACAGUACGCCGCAGCGACCCACCAAGGCGGUGCUGCCGCCGAUCACCCAGCAGCAGUUCGACAUGUUCAACAACCUUAACACGGAGGACAUUGUGCGGCGCGUCAAGGAGGCCCUCUCGCAGUACUCCAUCUCGCAGCGAUUGUUCGGCGAAUCGGUGCUGGGGCUGUCGCAGGGAUCCGUUUCGGAUCUGCUGGCCCGACCCAAGCCCUGGCACAUGCUCACCCAGAAGGGCCGCGAACCGUUCAUCCGCAUGAAGAUGUUCCUCGAGGACGAGAAUGCGGUGCACAAGCUGGUGGCCAGCCAGUACAAGAUCGCCCCCGAGAAGCUGAUGCGAACGGGAAGCUACAGCGGCAGUCCGCAGAUGCCGCAGGGGCUGGCCAGCAAGAUGCAGGCGGCCUCGCUGCCCAUGCAGAAGAUGAUGAGCGAGCUGAAGCUGCAGGAGCCGGCGCAGGCGCAGCACCUGAUGCAGCAGAUGCAGGCGGCGGCCAUGUCGGCGGCCAUGCAGCAGCAGCAGCAGCAGGUGGUGGCGCAGGCGCAGGCGCAGCAGGCGGCGCAGGUGCAGCAGCAGGCGCAACAGCAUCUGCAGCAGCAGGCGCAGCAGCAUCUCGCCCAGCAGCAGCAUCUCGUGCAGCAGGCGCAGCAGCAUCCCCAUCAGCAGCACCACCAGGCGGCUGCGGCGGCGGCUGCCCUGCACCACCAGAGCAUGCUGCUCACCUCGCCGGGUCUGCCGCCCCAACAUGCCAUCAGUUUGCCACCAUCCGCAGUGGGAGGGCAGCAGGGAGCCCCGGGCAGCCAGGGAAACACGAGUGGUUCCAGCAGCGAGAAGAAACCCAUGCUGAUGCCCGUCCAUGGCACGAAUGCCAUGAGGAGUCUGCACCAGCACAUGUCGCCCACCGUCUACGAAAUGGCCGCAUUGACACAGGAUCUCGACACCCACGACAUCACAACCAAGAUCAAGGAGGCCCUGCUGGCCAACAACAUCGGUCAGAAGAUAUUCGGCGAGGCGGUGUUGGGACUGUCACAGGGAUCAGUUUCCGAGCUGCUCAGCAAGCCGAAGCCCUGGCACAUGCUGUCCAUCAAGGGCCGGGAGCCCUUCAUCCGGAUGCAAUUGUGGCUGAGCGACGCCAACAACGUGGAGCGAUUGCAGCUGCUCAAGAACGAGCGGCGGGAGGCGAGCAAACGGCGGAGGAGCACGGGACCCAAUCAGCAGGACAACAGUAGCGAUACAUCGAGCAACGAUACCAAUGACUUCUACACCAGCAGUCCGGGUCCGGGAUCCGUGGGCUCGGGCGUUGGUGGUGCCCCACCCAGUAAGAAGCAGCGUGUCCUCUUCUCAGAGGAACAAAAGGAGGCUCUCCGACUGGCGUUCGCCCUCGAUCCGUAUCCCAAUGUCGGUACGAUUGAGUUUCUGGCCAACGAACUCGGCUUGGCAACGCGUACGAUCACCAAUUGGUUCCACAACCAUCGCAUGCGCUUGAAGCAGCAGGUUCCCCACGGACCCGCCGGCCAGGAUAAUCCGAUUCCGAGUCGCGAGAGCACCAGUGCCACGCCCUUCGAUCCCGUCCAGUUUCGCAUCCUGCUGCAGCAGCGCCUGGUUGAGCUGCACAAGGAGCGCAUGGGUCUGAGCGGCGCCUCCAUUCCCUAUCCGCCGUACUUCGCCGCCGCGGCUCUGUUGGGUCGCAGUCUGGCGGGGAUUCCCGGCGCCGCGGCGGCGGCCGCAGGAGCAGCAGCGGCUGCAGCAGCCGUCGGUGCCUCCGGUGGCGAUGAGCUGCAGGCCCUGAAUCAGGCGUUCAAGGAGCAGAUGAGCGGCCUGGAUCUGUCGAUGCCCACAUUGAAGCGGGAACGCAGCGAUGACUACCAGGACGACAUGGAACUGGAGGGCGGUGGCCACAAUCUGAGCGACAACGAAUCGCUGGAGGGCCAGGAGCCGGAGGACAAGACCACCACCGACUACGAAAAGGUUCUGCACAAGUCCGCUCUGGCUGCCGCAGCCGCUUACAUGUCGAAUGCGGUGAGAAGUUCGCGACGAAAGCCAGCGGCACCGCAGUGGGUGAAUCCCGCCGGCGCGGUCACCAAUCCCAGUGCUGUGGUGGCAGCCGUGGCAGCUGCUGCAGCGGCAGCCGCCGACAACGAGCGGAUCAUCAACGGAGUGUGCGUGAUGCAGGGAUCGGAGUACGGACGCAACGAUGCCGACGGCGAUGGCAGCAGCAAGGGAGGAGCAACGGAGGCGGGCGGCGACUCGGAUCACGAGCAUGCCCAGCUGGAGAUCGACCAGCGGUUCAUGGAGCCGGAGGUGCACAUCAAGCAGGAGGAGGACGACGACGAGGAGCAGUCGGUGCAGGGCAACCUGGACAGCGAGGAGAAUGCCAAUGCCAAUGCGAUCAGCGAUCAGAAGCUCAAGGUGAUCAACGAGGAGAAGCUGCGAAUGGUGCGCGUUCGCAGGUUGAGCAGCACUGGCGGCGGUGGUUCCUCCUCCGAGGAGAUGCCCGCACCGCUGGCACCGCCACCACCUCCUCCACCACCGAGUGGGGAGAGCAGCGGCACUGGCAGUAGCACCGGCACCACACCCGCUGUUACCACCGCUGCUGCAAGCACGGCAUCCGGUUGGAAUUACUAGAAAACUAUAUAAUAAUUCAGUGCAAUGUAGAGAAAGAGAAGCGGAGACGAACGAAAGCGCGUUUACUUGUGAUUAAGUUUGAAUGUUUAAACAAUCUGAGGAUCCCGGGAGACAUAAAUACAUAUAUAUAUAAUAUUAUAUAUAUAACAUACAUAUAUAUAUAUAUUAAAUAGCUCGUAGGCCCUAGAAAACUGUAUUUUUUUUUUUUUUUUUUUCGAUUAAGCAUAAACUACUAAAUAUAGGCGUUAGUUGUAGCAGUUAAGAUAGCCUUAGUGAGGUGAGGAGUGGUAAUAGUUGUAGCUAAAAGUUUAGAGACGCUAUGCGAUGAUGAUGAUGAUAUGUGGAGAGCAGCGCAAAAGUAUUAAAGAAAACCCCCAUAUAGACCCCCGACUUGCCGAAGAACUUUAACCAAAACGUCGAGAUUCAAUUGAUAGUGAAAGAUUUGAUCUUGCAAAGAUUUUCGAUUUGUUUCUACUUGAAGACUGUAAGCAAAGGCGGUAGGAUUGAUAUACCUACACACACAUGUAAUUCGAUUCUAUAUCUUAUUCUUUUUUUUUUGAGAAACUAUUAUUAUAUGAUUAUUAGCAGAUUAGCUGGUUAAGUGUAAAUAAACGAUGAUAAACGAGGAGCAGAUGGUGUACAUAGAUAGAUUUCUCGCGAGGCAUGAUCUUGCUGUCGUUCUUCCUAAAAAUCCUCCCUUCUACCACCCUCAGCAAACCGACUUGUUAAACUAUCUUUUGAUCUCAAGCAAAAAAAAAUAUUAAACAAAACGGAAAAGAUAUUGAAAGGGAAUUGUGGAAGACGCGGAGUGAAAAUCCAAAGUAAAAGAUAGUUAAAAGCAAAGCAGAAAUGCAGCGAACAGAAAGUUUUUCCCUAUUUUGUUGCCCAAAAAAAAAAAAAAAAAAAUAUUAUGACGAUAGAAAACGGAAGGCAAAUUGAGAAAAAAGUAUAUAACAAUAAACUUUGUAAAUUCUGAAUUUACAUAAAAAUUACACACUCACACACCUACACAAAAUACACCGCACAACAAAAACACACACAAAUUGAGUAAUUCAUAAUUGUAGCAAAAAUAAACAUGCAAUAUGCACUAAAUUAUUUAUAAUCUAAUUAUUACAUACAUUAUUAUAUAUAAUUAUACCUAUGCAGAAAAGCGAGAAGUGGAAAGUUUAUCAAGUUAGCCUAACGGUAAUUUAAAUUUGCAUUAAACCUUAGCAUAAAUAACAAUUUUUUUCUGUGAAUCUAAAAUAUUUAUAGAUGAAAAUAAAAAACAAGCCGCAUAUCGUACUAAAGAAAUUACACAAAAAACGUCAAAAAAAACUAAACCCUAUUCUAAGACAGCCAAUUUUUUUUGCCUAGGGUAUAAGCUCACACCGUAAUCAUAAUAUAAAACAAAUUGCGUAAUAAAAACGAAAAAAAAAAAUAACAAAAAAUUGAAUCUGUUUUCCUAUAUGAACAAGAGACAACACAGUAAAGCAAGAUGAGCAAAAAAACAAAUUUUAACAAGUAUUUAAAUUUUUUUUCCUAGGCUAAAUGUUUAAGCUUAACGAAAUCCAGAUUUCUCAAAACCAAAAAAAAAAUUCUAAGUAAAUUUAAACAACACAAAAACAUUUUUGCAUAGGCCCAAAAUUUGCCGCGUUAUUAUGAUUAUUGCAUACAUAUAUAUGAGAAGAGAAGUAACGAGAAAAAAUUACCAACUUAUACCAAACACAUUUCAAAAAAACUACAAAAAUACAAUUUGCGUCUUUAAGCCAAAUUCGUACAAGAAACAAAAAAAACUUAAAGCAACAAAAAAAAGUAAACAUAUUACAAAAAUAUGCAAACAAUUUUUGUCAUCAAAAUUUGUUACGAUCUUAUUUAAAUUAUAGUUUUUCUCCUUUCCUGUUUACGUUUAAGUUAUCAAGUUAAACACUUUGCAUUUUAUACGCUUUAGCUAAAGAAUAAAUUACAUCUAUAUGAAUAUGAGGUAAACAAGUAAUAAAUAAAUAUAUAUAAAAUAUAUACAAAAUAUGGAUAACGAUUAAACACGUUGAAAUGGUUCGUAACUUUUAGUUUUAUUUUUUUCUAAAACCAAUUUUUUUUGUCUUCGUAUUUUUAUUAUUAUUAUUAUUGUAAUUAUAAUAUACAUAUUAUAAAUAUAUAUAUAUUAAAAAAAGUAAAGAAAUCGAAAACACAAGCGACAACAUACCAAUAAUACAUGAACAUGAACGAAACUUUAUCAAAUAAAAAUGUUUUCUUAAACGAAAAAAAAAACCCAUCGAAAUCCUUUUUUAUUUUCCAACAACAAAAAAAACACCAAAAAAAAUAGCAAAAAUGCCGCUGAGGAACGAAAGUACUCGCAAUCCCCUCGAAUCCCCGAUCCCAGUUAACCUCUGACCCCAAAAAACCCGCCUCACAAAUAAACCGAAAUCGAAACCGAAAUCGAAACAGAAACACUCUGAAAUUGUAUAGUAUACUUUUGGAAGCCCCAAGAUGUCGAAGUCCCCUCGCCACAAGCCAAUAUAGACAUAUAUACCCUAGUUAUAUAUGCAUGAUCAGCAUUUUUAUACAUACCAUACAUAGUUAUAUUUAUUAACAAUAUGCGGUGCUAGCCAAGUAAAGAAAAACGUACAGAUAUUAAUGAAAAAUGGCGCUGAACCCACAUUAUAUAUAUAAAUAUAUAUAUACAAAAUAUGGCAGUGAACAAUUUUUUGCAUAGAUCCGUACUGCUCCGAAACAUACGUAAUUAAUUUUAAACAAAACACUUAAAACGGAAAACGUAAAACAUUGAAAUCAAAAGAAUUGAGCUGUAAAUAUAUAUGAAAUUAUCCUUCCAAUUCAAACACACACACACACAAACAAACACACGCCCUACUUUUUAUACCUAGUGAGAAAUGAUUGAAUUUUUUUUAGACAUUAUAGACACAGAUAUCUUACAUAUAUGAAUAUGAAUGAAUUUAAGCCCAUGGUGAUAUAUGCACACACUCUCCAGUUUUCGAGACUUUGCCAAUUGUCCUCCCUUCCCUUCUAUAUCACCCACUAAAUAUUAGCUGUACAUAAGAAAGUAGGACCGAGUCUUAGGGCCCCCACUUAAAUUGAAUUGAAUUGAAGAGUUCAGAGAUCAGGCAGUUAAACACGAAAACAAAAACCAGACCAUAUCAAUAUUAUGUUUAAAGCAUAAGAAAUAACAAGUGGAAAGGAUAUACAAGCGAGUUAUUUUAGCAGAUUCAAACAAAAUAAGAAACAGAAAGAGCCGCAUGACUUGAAAUAACCCCAUAGUGUAAAACAGCAGAUAAAUAUAUAUAUAUAUAUUAUAUAUAUAUAUAAAAAUCUCUAUACAUACACAAACAUAAUUAUGAAUAUUAAAAUACAUCCAUUCCGAACUGUUGAAUGGUAAAGGAAAAGAAUAAGAACACUCAAAAACAGUCGAUCGAUUGAUCUUUUGAAACGAUACCAAGCCAAAUACCUAAGUUUUCAACCGCUAAAGAUCUUAAGGAGAGCCAGCUCAGUUUUUCAGUUUGAAAUCCGCCCAAAAAUGCAAUGAAAAACCAGAACAAAGUAUAUGGAAGAGAAAAAGAAGCAUUAAGAGUAACAACAAUUAAGCUAAUUAGCAAAAUGUGCCCAAAAAACGAUAAAAACAAAAAAAAAAAAAAAAGCAGCAAAAAUAUCAAAAACAUACAUAUAACAAAAGUAAAUACAAUACCAAAAACCAUAUAUAGAUAUAUACAUUAAACAUAGUUAUUAAACAUAAGCACAUACACUUUUUGGCAACUUUAAAAUCAUUUUCUAAGACCUCAGCAAACCAACAAGAAAAAUAUCCAAAAUAAACUCAAAAAAUGAAGGAAGGCUAACAUUUUUUUUAGCAUUUCUUGUAUAAAUGCACACGAGCAUUAAAUUAACAACUAACCAAAAUAAAUUAAAUGUAAUGAGUAUUUUUUUAUUAAGUAAAACUGUAAUUGUGUGUUUAUUUUCACUCAUUGAACGUAUUUCCAGCAAAGAUUUGCAAAAAAAAAACCCCAACAAGUAAAAAUAAAUCAAACAAAAAUGGAAAAAUGGAAAAGUCAUGAAAACAAUUAUCAAAAUGAACGUGGGACAUGAGAAACAAAUCGGGGCAUUUCAGAUGUCGCUGAAAUGAGUAACACGAAAUAAUGAAAAAUAUAAAUAAUAAUAUAAUGAUUAAUAAACUAGUUUAUAUAGCAUGUAAAACUGAACAGAGAAAUCAAAUUCAAUAAAGACGAAUCUACUGUAUUCCAA